UUUAAUUCUUUCACUUAAUAAAAUAUUUAUGAUGCAACAAUCCCAAACAAUUUUAAACUAUUUAAAUGGAAAUUAUCUGCUAACAAGUAGUACUGAAAACCAGAUUGUUACUUUGGAAUUCGAUUCACAAUAUUAUAAUCCUUGCUUUUACUUUUUACAUUACUAAUUAUUUAAUCAUAUUAACAGUACAAGGUAAUAAUUAUAUAUUAUAUUAAUUAUAGACCUCUCCUUAUUAUUGAUUUAGAAUACAAUUUUAGAUCAUUAUGGAGAAAUAUCUAUCCUUCAGUUGAAUUUUAAGAGAAAAAUGGAUUUAAGAAAUAUGUGAAUAAUAUUUAUUUGAUUACUAAAGAAGAUUCGUUGAGUAAUGUUUUAAAACAAAUUGUGGAAGAUAAUAUGAAAAGCAUUGAAAUUUUGAUAUCAGGAUUAGAAUUAGCUGAAUAAUCAAUUUAUAAUAUGAUAAAAGAAAUCUUUAAAUAACCUUUUAGAUCUUAAAUAAGUUUAUUGAUUGCUAAAGAUUUUAAACACAAAGAUUUAAAAACUAUUUUAAAUAUUACAAAUUGUAGAAUGAUAAUUGAAUAAUUAAUGGAAAGUGAUGAGAAAGUAUAAAAGAAUGAGAAAGAAUAUAAAAUUUAUAAUAUGUUGGUUACAAUGGUAUUAAAAAAAUCUAAUGGACAUUCUUUUCUUAAAAAUUAUAUAAUUGAUGGUAAAGAAUUACUAAAAAAUAAAUUAAAAAUUAAUAAGAUAAAAAAAGAAGUUCAAAAAGAUGACAAAUUAGAUGUAACUAAAAAAAUUGGUGUUACAUUCAAUUUAAAUUUGAGUUAAGAAUAGAAAUUAAUGAAGAAUGAGAUUGAUAAUUAAAUAAAUCCUUACAAAGACAUUAUUUCUAAAGAAAAUGCUCCAUUGAUUUAUCAAAAUGAAGGAGAUGAAAAACGAAUUAUUUUAGAUGAUGAAUAAGAAGAUUUUGAGGAAGUAGAAGAAUAUGAAGGAUGAG